CGAGUUGUAUAUAGGGAGCCGCAUCCGCCUAUGCGCCGCAGGUUCUCUUACAUCGACCGCCUAAGAGUCGCGCUGUAAGAAGCAACAACCUCUCCUCUCCUCUCCGCCAUCUGCUCAGCAGCCGCGAAGCAGCAACCAUGCGUGAGUGCAUCUCCAUCCACGUUGGCCAGGCUGGUGUCCAGAUUGGAAAUGCCUGCUGGGAGCUCUACUGCCUGGAACAUGGCAUCCAGCCUGAUGGCCAGAUGCCAAGUGACAAGACCAUUGGGGGAGGAGAUGACUCCUUCAACACCUUCUUCAGUGAGACAGGCGCUGGCAAGCAUGUGCCCAGGGCAGUGUUUGUAGACCUGGAACCCACGGUCAUUGAUGAAGUUCGCACUGGGACCUACCGUCAGCUCUUCCACCCUGAGCAGCUCAUCACAGGCAAGGAAGAUGCUGCCAAUAACUAUGCCCGAGGCCACUACACCAUUGGCAAGGAGAUCAUUGACCUUGUCUUGGACCGAAUUCGUAAACUGGCUGACCAGUGCACAGGUCUUCAGGGCUUCUUGGUUUUCCACAGCUUUGGUGGGGGAACUGGUUCUGGGUUCACCUCCCUGCUGAUGGAACGGCUCUCUGUUGAUUACGGCAAGAAGUCCAAGCUGGAGUUCUCCAUUUACCCAGCCCCCCAGGUUUCCACAGCUGUAGUUGAGCCCUACAACUCCAUCCUCACCACCCACACUACCCUGGAGCACUCUGAUUGUGCCUUCAUGGUAGACAAUGAGGCCAUCUAUGACAUCUGUCGCAGAAACCUUGACAUUGAGCGCCCAACCUACACUAACCUGAAUAGGCUCAUAGGUCAAAUUGUGUCUUCUAUCACUGCUUCCCUUAGAUUUGAUGGAGCCCUGAAUGUUGACCUGACAGAAUUCCAGACCAACCUGGUGCCCUAUCCCCGUAUCCACUUCCCUCUGGCCACAUAUGCCCCUGUCAUCUCUGCUGAGAAAGCCUACCAUGAACAGCUUUCUGUAGCAGAGAUCACCAAUGCUUGCUUUGAGCCAGCCAACCAGAUGGUAAAAUGUGAUCCCCGCCAUGGUAAAUACAUGGCUUGCUGCCUGUUGUACCGUGGCGAUGUGGUCCCCAAAGAUGUCAAUGCUGCCAUUGCCACCAUCAAGACCAAGCGUACUAUCCAGUUUGUGGAUUGGUGCCCCACUGGCUUCAAGGUUGGCAUUAACUACCAGCCUCCCACUGUGGUGCCUGGUGGAGACCUGGCCAAGGUUCAGCGUGCUGUAUGCAUGUUGAGUAACACCACAGCCAUUGCUGAGGCCUGGGCUCGCCUGGAUCACAAAUUUGACCUGAUGUAUGCCAAGCGUGCCUUUGUUCACUGGUACGUGGGUGAGGGGAUGGAGGAAGGAGAGUUUUCUGAGGCCCGUGAGGACAUGGCUGCCCUAGAGAAAGAUUAUGAGGAGGUUGGUGUAGAUUCUGUUGAAGGAGAGGGUGAGGAAGAAGGAGAGGAAUACUAAAGUUAAAAAUGUCACAAAGGUGCUGCUUUUACAGGGAAGCUUAUUCUAAUUUGAACAUUGAAAAGUUUUGGUCUGAUCAGUUAAUUUGUAUGUAGCAUUGUAAUGCUCUCAUAUACAAUUACUGACCUAUGCUUUAAAACAUGAAUGCUUUGUCACAGACCCAAGCUGUCCAUUGCUCUGAUGGGUUUUGAAUAAAGUAUUCCCUGUCUUAAAU